UGUGCGAGUCCAAUCUGUGGUACAAUGCCAUUGGCGAGUCCUGCGACUCACGUGACUGCUGUUCGGGUAGCGGGCUGUGAGCUGUUGUGUUCGGCGCGUACGGUGGGAACUGCAACGCUUUUUUAGGCGGCACGACUGAAAAGAAAAGUUGUGGCGUGUGUCCUCGCGUUUGGCUUGUGCCGACUGGCAUUCUGUGAAGUUUUACUUCAGUUCUUUGUGUGCAGUGAUGUUUGCUGUAAUAGCCGUUCGAAAUGAUUAAUGGAUCGAUUCCUGAUGUUUUUGUGUAGGGGCAACUUAGUGUGGUGGACACUAUAAUUGUUUCGAAGUUUGGCCGUCCUUUCUCCAACAAUGUCGAAAAUGAUAGUGACAAAGGAAGAAGCCUUACGUGUCUUGGAACUUGCUGGUACAAGUCCAUCAGAGACAGACAUACAGAUGCAUUACCAGAAGCUGGCACUCAAGUGGCACCCGACCAGGCAUGGAGCUAACUUGCGAUCUAUAGAGAGAUUUGACAGGUUGUGCCGGUCAUAUCUAGUACUCACUGAAGGACGAGAAUCAAUGAACACCUUACUGUCACAAACUGAAAUGUUGAAUGUGUUUAUCAAGGCCUUUGAGCUGGAAGGUAUACACUUUGGAAAAAAAGUCGCAGCUCAAGAUGCAGCUACGCAGUGCGAGUCGAGGCCUAGUACAAGCACGCAGUCGUCUUGGAUACAGCCUUCUGCAUCCGAAAGCACUACUACUGCUUCUGCUGGUGCUUGUGCUUCGGGUGAUGCUUGUGCUUCGGGUGAUGCUUGUGCUUCGGGUGAUGCUUGUGCUUCGGGUGAUGCUUGUGCUUCAGGUGGUGCUUGUGCUUCAGGUGGUGCCAGUGCUUCUGCUGGUGCUAGUGAUGCUGCUGGUGCUAGUGAUGCUGCUGAUGCUAGUGAUGCUGCUUCUGCUACUACUGCCACAGUGACGUCUUCAACAGGAAAGAAACUAGCAGAAAAAGCCGAGCAGAAUCUACAAGCAGUUGCAGCUGCUUCUGUUGAAGAAAAGUCACAAGAGAAGAAGAAGAAAAAGAAGUCCUCUAAAAAGACUAAAAAGCGUCGCCAACAGCGAGAGAAGCAGCAGUCAAGCAAGUCGUCCAAAAAAGACAGCUCCAGCAGUUCCGAAGAUGAAAAGAGGGAGACAGAUGAGGAUGAGGAUGAACUGGACCCCAACAGUGCUUUUGUGGCCAUGGCACUUAGCCGAAAGGCCAAAGGAGCUGUACCAAGGCCCACUGUUGCCUCGGGUGGCGUCAUUCCCAAGACACCAAAAAAGUCUGCAGAUGACGUUGUCACUCGGAGCCGGAAGCUGGCCCGUGAAGGAUACGAAAUGUGCAAUCUGGGGCGCCACAAGGAAGCCAUUGACCUGUUCACCCAGGCCAUUAAGUUGCAUGCAGAAGAGCACAGUUACUUUGGGAACCGGUCAUACUGCUACACCAUUUUAGGAAAGUAUGACAAGGCCCUCAAGGAUGCUGAGAAGGCAAUCAGCCUGCAGCCCCAGCUAGCCAAGGGCUACUACCGUCGUGCCAAGGCACAGCUUGGUCUGGAGAAGUACAGUGAGGCUGCAGAAUCAUUUAAGAGGGUGCUUGAGAUUGACCCAUCCUGCCAGGAGGCCCAUAUUGAUUUGCGCAGUGUGCAUGUCUUUGAGAUCAUGAGCAUGGGUUUCACACAGGACCAGGCUGAGUGGUCCUUGACUCACGGAAACGAAGAUGUGCAAACAGCCAUAAAUAUACUUUGUGGCCCAGAUGCAGUUGUGCCUGAUGUUAAGAUGAAUCCUUGCAACAUGGAUGGCUUUCGCUCUCUCUGGGUUGGCAACAUCAAACCUGAAGUCACCGAGAAGAUGCUCACUGACCUGUUCCGGCGUUACGGAGAUGUGCACAGCAUUCGAAUCCUGCAUGACCGGCACUGUGCCUUCAUCAACUACGGCAACAAGCUGUCUCCUGGAAAAGCCAUGGAGGCAUUGCAAGGCUAUGUGCUGUGUGGAUCAGCAAUUCUCAUCCGGUUUCCAGAUAACAACUACCUAGAGAAUGGAUCUAAGAAAGAGCCAGUGACAGUGCUUCGAAAGUCCAGUCUGAAGAUGUCUGCAGAGGAGCAGAAGCUUGCCAGCGCAUCAAGUGAACCGAAAGCCAAGAUAUCUGGGCCUGUGAAUGGCAAUGAGUGUUACUUCUGGAGAACUUCUGGCUGUGCCUAUGGUGAUAACUGCUACUUUGUCCACAUUCCUAGUCACAAGGGUAUCGACUGGAAAGCACCGCAUAGCACUGGAAAGUUCAAAUGAUGCACAGCUGUUGUUUCUGUGACUGUGGAAGCGAAAGGUUCACCAUGAAACUGCCUUGCACCGAAGACAGCUUUGUGACAACAGAAAAUGGCUCCUCCGAUUUUGGGACCAAAUCACUGGAAUGGCCAAUCAUCCAUCAUGUUUGCUCAUUGUUUGCUUUGUAUAACUGCAACAUCUUUAUUGUUUGUGCAUUUUUUUUUCCUUCUUCUUUCCUUUGUGAAGCCAAAAGUUUGGCGGUUGCCUUGGGCUGUAACGAGUCUCCUUUGACUGCUGUGCCCUGACUCACACACCCUGGCUGUGAUAAUGCAACUAUGACUGUGUAAUUGUGUGCUUUGUUUUAGAUUCUAGAUUCAUGUUAGUUGUGGCUCCUAGUCCCCCUUGAAUUUUUUUUAUAUUGUGCUGCUUUGAUUGCUUUUCUUUCCUGCUCAACUUCACUGUGUAAGUUUGAAUAGUGUGUUACCCUAGAAAAGGGUCCAGAGUUGCAGUUCACAGGGUGUGCUCUGGUUAAGACAAUCAAAUACUCGUGGCCUUUGGUAGUCUAUGCCAAUUUCAGAGCUAAAAUGUGGUGCUCUGUUUAUGCAGUUUUUGUCAGCUGCUGGCUUUACUCUUAAACCUAUGCACCUUGUUUAUGCCAAGAGCUGUUAUGAGACACUGUUGUCCAUUGUGCUUUUGUGCACUGGACCGUGCAAAAGUUGUUUUCUCUGCAAGUGUUCAUUAGGAGUGCCCCUGUGUUUGUGCCUUGUUAAGAUGGCAUUUAAGUAACUUGAAGCAAGAAGUCUUAUUUUUGUUAUAAAAUAAAUGAAACAAUCAAUUUUACAUCA